GUCAUCAAUCAAAGAAAAUAUGAUAAUGGGGAGAUGGUCUAUGCACCUGGUUUCAAUACCUUGGUAGAACUCCGUGGUCAAGAAUUUCGAGGCGCUAUUGAUCGCAUGUAUGGGAGCCGCUUCCUUUCACUGCAGAGGUGCGAAGAGGAGCUCCCAAAGUUAAUAGUCGACUGUAGAUUCCUUACUCAGUACAGUGUAACAGUCCAGCAAAUACAAGCUCUUCAUGACAGCAAUUGGAAUUCUCGCCUUCCGUUCAAUAUCACAAUAGCAAACUUUCGUCCGGACAACCAACUUGCAGAAAUAAUCAAAAGGCAUUUGCUCUUUCACUUUGGACCACCAUCUAGCAGUGAUUCGUUUUCUCGUCAUCCCUUCGCCCCUACUUUAACGACGAAGGGCAUUGAGUAUGCUAACAUCAUGUAUAUUUCUUGGCGAGCAACUCAGUUCCUGCCGGAAGAGCCUCCUCCAAAUGUUCGUGCUGUUGUGCUGUGUGCCAGUAAGGACUAUCAGCCGUGGUCGAGNUGGAGCGAUAUGUUAGGUGACUCCCUUUGA